GGGGUGCAGCUGCCAGGCUGGCGUGGGGAUGCACUUGUUCCCAUUGGUAUUGCUUAGCCCCUCCCAGCUGGACCAGUGGGUAACUAAAUGUGAAUUAGACUCUUAAAACAAAGUUAGUAAGUCCGCAAGUUAGCAGAUGUACAGAUGUGUCCACUUAUCCUUGCUGUUUUUGCAGCAGCUACACAGAAAUGCCAUAAUAUUGUUGUCGCUGCAAGAACAGAAGAACUUUUUAAAGUAGUGCUUUUCUACCUUAAAGAAGAGCUCCAAAAUUUAGCAAAUGCUGUGGAGCUGGAAGAAUAGCUUCAUGGAAAUAUGGUUUCUCAGUCAUCGACUUAAAAACAUUUUGCACUAUUACAGUUCAGGGAUUGUGGUGGUUUUUUUUGAUAGGAAGUUAUUCUUCCUCAGACUACAGACUGGGGCAGCUGAACUUAAAGAGGCUUCUUCUUUUAUUCACCUUCGGUUUUGAGUUCUACUGAGACUAUCUUACAAUGUCAGCUGUGAUAAUUGAACUGGAUAAGCUUUCUUCAGACACUAUUGAGAACAAAAAGGAUUCCAAGUCAGAUUUUAAGGAAGGCAAAUUCGGUGAAUCGUGUGCUGAUUACCAUGGUUUUAAACUUCACUGCUCGCAUUCUGCACCAGCUGGUAUGAAUACAAGCAAGAGUGAGACAGUGAAAGACCACCCAUUGAAACCCUCUAGAAGAUCGAUGCCAUGCCUCGCCCAGAGCCAAACGCAUCCUCAGAGCCUGAGCAAACAUUCCUCGUUCCUGCAGCCAAAUCGUGUGCAGCCGCAGCCCCGGCCGCAGCCUCUCAGUGCAGGAACAUCUACAACCACGGUAGAUGUUGUGUCAGAACGAGCUAAAGUGAUGGAGACUUUGGAAAACAACUUGCUUAAGCUGUCUAAUACAGAAUACAGUGAUCCAUUUGUAGACAUAGGAAAGGACAAAGACACAUACACAGAUGAUUCAGAACAUGGAAAUUAUGAUGCUCGUACAGAUCAGUCAUUGCUUAUUCAAAACAAGCUUAUCAGACAGAAAACAGAAACUCGGACUAAAUCAUCUUUAAAGACUGAUGGCAUGGCAUCAUCAGGACUCUUCUUCAAAGACGGCAAAAAACGCAUUGACUACAUCUUGGUCUACAAAAAAUCAAGUCCACAGGUAGAAAAAAGAAGCACAUUUGAGAAGAAUUUGAGAGCAGAAGGGUUGAUGUUAGAACGGGAGCCAGCAGUUACAAACAGCGAUAUCAUGUUUGUUAAAAUUCACUGUCCAUGGGAGACAUUGUGCAAAUACGCUGAAAGAAUGAACAUCAGGAUGCCUUUCAGGAAAAAAUGUUAUUACACUGACUGGAGGAGCAAAACCAUGGGCAGUUUGCAGAGGAACAUGAGAGAGCUGAAGAGCUGGUUGCCCAGGAAUCCCAUGAAGCUGGACAAGGAGGCCCUACCUGAUCUGGAAGAAACAGAUUGUUACACAGCACCCUUCAGCCGUGCCCGCAUCCACCAUUUCACGAUAAACAACAAAGACAGCUUCUUCAGCAAUUCCACAAGAAGUAGAAUCGUGCAUCACAUGCUACAGAGAACCAAGUAUGAAGAUGGAAAGUCCAAAAUGGGCAUCAAUAGAUUACUAAAUAAUGGAACAUAUGAAGCAGCAUUUCCACCACAUGAGGGAAGCCACAAAAGCAGACAUCCCAUCAAAACACACGGAGCUCAGAAUCACCGACACCUCUUAUAUGAGCGUUGGGCACGGUGGGGAAUGUGGUACAAAUACCAGCCUCUCGAUUUAAUCAGGCGAUAUUUUGGUGAAAAAAUUGGACUGUAUUUUGCCUGGCUGGGAUGGUACACUGGAAUGCUUAUUCCUGCUGCCCUGGUUGGGCUCUUUGUUUUCCUCUACGGAUUAUUUACAAUGGAUUCCAGCCAAGUAAGCAAGGAGAUCUGCGAGGCAAAUGAAACCAUCAUGUGCCCUAUGUGUGAACGCAACUGCACACUACAGAAACUCAAUGAAAGCUGCAUAUAUGCCAAGGUUACACAUUUAUUCGAUAAUGGAGGGACUGUCUUCUUUGCUAUUUUCAUGGCAAUUUGGGCUACAGUCUUCCUAGAGUUUUGGAAAAGACGAAGAGCUGUAUUAACAUAUGACUGGGACCUCAUAGACUGGGAAGAUGAAGAGGAAGAACUGCGUCCCCAGUUUGAAGCUAAAUAUUCCCAAGUGGAAAGAGUAAAUCCCAUCACAGGAAAACCUGAACCUUUUCAGCCUUUCCCUGAUAAGCUCAGCCGACUGAUGGUGUCUGUCUCAGGAAUAUUCUUCAUGAUUUCCCUGGUCCUCACUGCGGUGUUUGCAGUUGUGGUGUAUCGCCUGGUAGCCAUGGAGCAGUUUGCUUCUUUCAAGUGGUAUUUCAUCAAGAAGUAUUGGCAGUUUGCGACAUCUGGCACCGGAGUCUGUAUCAAUUUUAUGAUCAUCAUGUCACUCAAUGUUGUAUAUGAAAAGGUUGCCUAUCUCCUGACAGACUUAGAGCACCCUCGAACAGAAUCUGAAUGGGAAAACAGCUUUGCCUUGAAAAUGUUCCUCUUCCAAUUUGUCAACUUGAACAGCUCCAUCUUUUAUAUUGCAUUUUUUCUUGGCAGAUUUGCAGGCCGCCCAGGAAAGUACAACAAGCUUUUUAACAGAUGGAGACUGGAAGAGUGUCAUCCUAGUGGCUGCUUGAUAGAUCUGUGUUUGCAAAUGGGAGUUAUUAUGGUUCUAAAACAAAUGUGGAACAACUUCAUGGAGCUAGGCUAUCCUUUAUUACAGAAUUGGUGGUCACGACGCAAAAUGAAGAGAGGAGGGCAGUUAAUGGAGCAAAAAAUUUCUCUACCUCAGUGGGAAAAAGAUUGGAAUCUGCAGCCUAUGAAUCUCCAUGGUUUAAUGGACGAAUACUUAGAGAUGGUUUUACAGUUUGGCUUUACCACCAUCUUCGUGGCUGCCUUCCCACUGGCACCUCUCCUGGCGUUGCUGAACAAUAUCAUCGAGAUCAGGCUGGAUGCCUACAAGUUUGUCACUCAGUGGCGAAGACCUAUGCCUGCCAGAGCAACAGAUAUAGGUAUCUGGUAUGGGAUUCUGGAAGGAAUUGGUGUUUUGGCUGUCAUCACCAACGCCUUUGUUAUUGCCAUUACUUCAGAUUACAUUCCACGUUUUGUCUAUGCAUACAAAUAUGGUCCCUGUACAGAUCAAGGAUACAGACAAGAAAAAUGCUUAAAAGGAUAUGUCAACAGCAGUUUGUCAGUAUUUGAUCUGAGUGAACUUGGGAUGGGAUACUCAGGAUACUGCCGGUAUAGAGAUUACAGAGCCCCACCAUGGAGUUCAACUCCAUAUGAAUUCACUUUGCAGUUCUGGCAUGUUCUGGCAGCGCGACUGGCCUUCAUCAUAGUAUUUGAGCACCUUGUUUUUGGAAUAAAGUCUUUCAUUGCCUACCUGAUUCCAGACAUGCCCAAAGACUUGUGUGACAGAAUGAGGAGAGAGAAAUACUUAGUCCAGGAAAUGAUGUAUGAGGCUGAACUGGAGCAUUUGCAGAGGGAAAGGAAAAAGAACGGGAAACAGUAUCACCAUGAAUGGCCUUAGUCACUACCGUGCUGCAACAAAAACACUGUUUGGAAAUUGAAGAGUGCAGUUACAAAAUGAAGUCAGAGUCUGGCAUCAGUGCAUGAGAUUCGCGGUGUGUAUUUAUGUUCUUGCUGGGCAGGACAGUUGCAGGCUUUGGUGGGAACUGGAAAAUAGAUGCUUCCAGUGAAGAAAAUGAAGAGCCUUACCUGUAACUGGUCUGCGGUGAGCAUCGAGGAAACUUGGCACUCAGGAACGUGGAGAUAAGUUAAAAAUUUGGCCAGUCUGGUUUAAAAAGAAGGCAAUGAAUUUUCAUGAUCUUCAUGAAGAUACUAACAGCGUAAUGAAAAUAGAGCAUUACCUGUGAACUUUCACACAGCAAGGGCAUGACUAAAACCAACUUACAUGAAAUCCACUACUCUACAGCUUCUGAUUGCUCAGCUCCAUCUGUAACGCCUCUGAAGAAAAGAGCAAUUGUUGCCUUUGUGGCCAUAACUUGAUGUAAAUGAUCUUUCAGGCUUACUGUUUUGUCAGGUUUGUCCUAGUCUCUUGUUGAGAUUGUGGAUGUGGUCCUACCCCAAAAAAGGGGUCUAUGGCUGCUUAAUAUCUACUAUGCAGUUUAAGAUUUGCACAUCAGUGUCAUUAAUUUAUCCUUCUAGUUGAAAACCAAAAAUUCUAAAUUCAAAGAGAAAACAGCAGCACUAAGAACACAUCACAUUGCACACGUUGCAGCUGUGUUUGAAAAUGAUGUGGCUGUUGAGUUGUCUUUCUACUUUUGUAUGCAGAAAGGCCACCUCCACACGCUUCCAGGAGGAAAAAACUGUCGUUUUGAUGCUCCGAUGUCGCGUGCAGACGUCUAAGUGUGCUACUGUUCCCUUUGACCUGUCUGGGCAAUGACUCCAUGACUCUACAGAAUGCUAACUUGAAAUAUUCUCAUACAGUGCAAAACACUUCAUCCUGAAUAUACAAUUAACUCUUUAUAGUAUGCAAGCUUAUGCAGAUAUAUAUCAGACAUACAGCAUAACAUUGCGACUUGCUUGUUCAGGGAAGGAGCAGCAGAGCACUUUAUGACAAUGCUCUUCUUAUUGUAAUUGUAAAUGUUCCAGUAAUGUGCACUUCUUUUAUUGGCCUAGAUCAGUCAAAGCAUGGGAGUUAGAUACAAGCAGAUAUGUAUACAGAUUGUAUAAAAUGCACACACAGUGUUUACUUAUAGAUUUUUAUUAUUAUUAUUUGUAUGACUUCUUACAGUUUUGGGGAGCUUUUUGGAUAAAAUCACUGUCAAGAGUAGAUGUUUGUGUAAAGAAUCAAAUUUCAGUUUUUAUGUGCAUACAGUGUACAGCAGCGUUGGUUAUAGUUACAGUCACAUUUUGGUGAUGAAAUUGUCUAUUACUAACAUUUCAUAACAUGGGAAAAGAUGAGCACUUAAUUGAAACAAGUGUACAAGGUUCACUUGCAGACACAGGAGUGGAGAAACAGUUAUAAUCAUUCAGUUUCUUAUACAAUUUUAAAUAGUUCUCUAUAUUAGGUGAGAAAAAAUUAAAAAACUAAGAGUCAACAAAGCACAGUAACUAUAAAGGCUGCAAAUUUUAUCAUUAUUUUUAGGGAUAGAGCUGCAGUAAUAUCACUGCUGAGAGACAGGAAAAAAACUGAAUUUCUGCUACUUACAAUACCCUCUUGAACCAAAAAGUGUGAUUCCAGUAUUCACUCGCAUGUAUUAGCACAAUCAUUUUAUUUUAUCAUGCCAUAUAAAAUUAAUUUUAGGAGUCAAGCCCCCAUAAAAUUUGGAUGAGUAGGAUCUAUUGUAUCCAAAGGGCCUAGCGUCAGCCCUUCAGUUCUUAAGUCAUUUCACCAUAUUAAUGAGAUUUCUUGGUUAAUUCCAGCUCUCUGUGACCAGACAAGGCAAUUAUAGGAGUAUCUACAGUACUGCACGAAGGAGAAGGAAAUUGGAAGGUAUGGUCUAAUCAGACACAUGAAUUCUGUGAUAAAGGGCUGGUCCAACUUAGCUUCCUGUAUUUUGAAAGGCUCUUUUGUUCCUUCAUAUUGUGGGUUGUGUGUUAAAUUCUUCAGGAGUCCUUAUCAGAAAUAAUUAGUACAUUCUCCUCAGUGCUUACAGAAUCACACCGUUUGAUUUCAUUUAUUGUCUCUCCAUUUCACUCUGUGGAUUAUGAAGCACUGUUUGACAGCAGUAACCAUGUGUCACAGCUUCUGUUUCUGUGCCCAAUAGUGAUAAUGCUUCAGUUCUUCAGAAGGUCACAGAAAAGCUCUCUUUUCAAUGUUUUCUCUAAAAACAAAAUGCCUUGGCUGGCCCGAGGUAUAAAUAUACCAGAUAAAAUUAGGCAGAAAUCAGAAAUGUUGAUUAUUUUAUAUUUCCCUGUUUCUGCUGUGUAUAUGAGCACACAUCAAUACGUAUUUCAGCAAAUUCCAGUUGGACUUCAAAAACACUUAGGAAGGAAAACCUUUUUGUAUAUGAGAUUUAAAUAUAUAUAUUAUCAAUUAUUUUCAACACUGGCGUAUAGGAGCGUAUCAAAGGCAAGUAUGUAGAUCUGACAUUGUGCAUACUAUGCACUGGAAAAGCACAAGAAGUUUUGGAGAAACACUGUGUGUGUUCCUUUAUUUUUGGAGGACAUCAACAAUGUCUAAAGGUUUUGCCACUAUCUAGCCAUUUGCUUAAGCUGAGAAAACGUUUUGCUAGACUUCAUUUAGUAUGUUGUUUGCACUGACUGCACGUUAUUUUACUGAAGUAUAAGGCACACACUGUCCUCAGGAAUAAUGUAUUUUAUGAAUGGUGAAUGAUCUUUUCAUAUUCUAAAUAUUGUCUUUCCAAACAAAUGACCAGUAUGAAUAGACUGUGCAUGCAAGCUGCGUUUGUGAAAUCUGACAAAGCUUUAGAACUUCAAUUUGUGCAAAAAUGCUUUAGAUCGUGGCAGAUCUAAUCUAUGACAACUUUGCUCUAUGCAUGCGCCCUUAGACUGCAUGAGCAACUGGAUAUUUUUAAAUGCAAAGGAUUAGUCCAAAAUGUCUUGAUUAUUCCUAACCAAAUCCCGUUUCUUGAUUCAGACAAAAGAAAUUUCCAUUUCAGAAACUGCAAAAAGUCCAAGCACAUUAUACACAUCUCAUUUCUUAUGGCUUUUAAUUCUAAAUUUGUGCCUAAUGUGUGAGAUCUGAAUUCUGCUUCAUUAGCCAUCCUAAUGAGACGUUUCUUCUUAGAACUCAAGGUCUUCCUCCUGCCUCCAUAGAGGGGGAUGCAUUGAGAGCUGAAUAUUGACAACUGAGCACUAACAGGGGUGCCUGAAGAUCGAGCACAGGCUCUUGUUCAGGCUGUAAUCCAAUUUUCUUACCAGAAAGACACACAGCAAUCAAGCAUUCAGAUGCAGAGUACAAAUAUUUGGAAAAAAGGCAAACUGCACAAUGGCUAUUUUUUAAAUUUUUCUUUCCUACCCCUUUUUGCUAAAGGAGUUAUAAAGAAAAUUUAGGUAAACAUUGAGUUUAAUAUUAAUGACGACAAGGCUAAAAUUUCCAUAGUGAUGAUGGACAGUAAGGUUUUUGUUAGAUGUUUCUUUGGAAGUACAUGUCUUCGUUACUGCAAAACACACGUUAGCUGUUGCCAUGCCCUUUUCCAACAGCAACUUGUCUGGAAUUGUGUUCUGAGGAUCAGUUAAGCUCAAGUGUGUCUUGUUGAAGGCUCAAAAGAGAAAUGUCUGGAGGGCCUAGUGAAAAUAGGUUAAUAGGUAUAUACCUGAAUGCAUAAGUUCACAAAUAUGAGGUUUCCUUCAUAAAAAGUUCUGCAGAAUAAAAGAAAAUCUUGGGAAACACAGCUUUAGGGUAAGUGUUAAUAUGGGGAAAGGCAAAAAUUUGGUGAUAUUUUAUUCUUAAUGUGCCAUUAAGAUGAUCAGUGUAAUAAUGUAAGCAGUGGGAGUGCAGCCAGAGAGACGUUCUGGAGCCAUAGGAUCCAGGGUCAUUACCUGUGAAGGCCUAUGUGGCAUUGUGGGAUCUAUUAAUCUUUUGCAUUAUGUCACAGAUUGUUCAGGGGAAAAUUAGUAUAUACAUAUUUAGAAGCAUCGUAUGAUUUUGAUUAGCUGCAAAUGCUCCAUGUCCAUAAAAUGAAAAGAAACGGUUCAUACGUAGUUAACUUAAAAGUGUCACAAAUUUUCAUUAAAACUAUUAAAAACUAUAUUGUUUUUACACACAGUGGGCAAUGGCCAUAUCAAAAACAGUUAUUUCAUACAGACAGGUAAAUAUGAAGGCAAUAAAGAUAAUGGAAAAUUAAUCAAUCACAUUUUCUGUUAAGUAUUAUUAUUAAGGAGAAAGGGGACAGAGAUAAAAAUGGUGAUAUCAGCAAUCACUUAUAAUGCAGUACUACUUCCAGAAGCAUUUCAUUCUUUGUAAUGGUGAUAAACUGCUAAUGUUGCUUGUUUGGGGUAAAGGUUGAAACAAAUAUACAGCCAGCCUUUCAUAAUAAUGUUUAUUUGAUGUUUAGGUUGACACUAGAAUUCGAACAGAAUUCCACAUGGAGACAGACUUGUUAUUUUAUUAGUUCCAGUGCGUACUUUUUCUGACUAAAAUACAUCCAGUGACACUUUUUGAAAGUGUUUAAGUGACUUGCAAACCUGAAUUCCUGUAAUGGAAAAUUUAGCAGCUUGAAAGAUCUGUAAGUCUUUUCAUACUCAGCCUUAUGUUCACAAAAUCCAUGUUCUACUGGGGGAAAGCACAACAAGUCAGUGUGUAGAGGCUGAGGAUGAGCAGAGGAAGCAAAGGGCUCCACUUCAGCAAUUGUUUCUCCAGAACUCCGAUGGGUUCUGCAAAAGAAGGGGUUGAAGCUGGAACAGGGUGACAGCCCUCCUGCCCCUUUUCCCUUUUCUCCUCUCCUUCUUUCCUUAUUCUCAGUGUUUUAUUAACUGGCACCUUCUUGCUGAUAGUCCCAUUUCCAGGGCAAUUCUGUAUCUGCAGAAUUUUUUUGCAGGCUCUUUUUGGAUGUCCCUAACUGAGAAGCCAAAGCAGAAAGCACUUUUUUUACAAGUCGGUUUGUGUCGGACAGGGCAGUAUGAGGAAGCAUAGGGUGCAUCUACAUGUGCCACGGGGCCACCCGUUUCUGGAUCUGUCCCUUUAGCCACUUUCCCAACAUUUACAUUUUGUACUCCUGUCCCUCCCUACAUACACAGGCAUCCUAAUCAGCCUACACAACCCUAGCAUUUUUACAUUUAUAUGAAUAGAUUCAUAUUAAAGAUUUUUCUCUAAUAGUGACAUUGCAACCACAUUUACCAGGAAUUUGUAUUGGCAUGAUUUGGGCAUAAUCAUGAUAGCACAAUGUAACCACAACAGCACAAAGUUCUAAUGGCACAACAAGGAACUGUAGAGAAAUCACUUUGCUGUUCCAUGUUAUACAGGAACUUUUUAAAUCCAGGACUGGGAUUUAGUCUUGAAAUGUCGAUGGUAUAUUCCCUCCUCACUGCACUGGAAAUUACCUUGUGUUAGUUCUGUUGGCUCAUUCUAACUUUUUUUGCCAUAGCCAUGAUAAUGUUACAUGUUCUCUGUAGUUUGCAUCCUUAUUAUUGUGAGCUAGUUGUUAGGAUGCUAGUGGGUGAGCAAUUAGGAUUAAACCCAAAGCAGUCUAAAGCUAAUGAGAUUCUAAACACUGAGAACACAACAAUAUUUCUGUUAAUAAUGAAAAAAAUAAAAUAAAAAUCAUAUUACCUUUUUAUUUUGUGUUCUGUUUAGAUGACCCAGAGUUUUGUAUUGAAAAAAAUCUUCCAAUCGGUUGGCUAAUUUUUACCUAGAGUAAUAUCACUGAAAUUUCAGUUCUUUGAAAUAAUCUCAUGUAAAAUCUAACUGAAUAAUAUAGUUCAGUCAUUUUUUACUCUGAUAGUCCUGGCUAACUUGCAAUAUCACGAUUGUAAGAGGUUUCUUAAAAUGUGUAAAUAUUUGAAAUUUAUGUAAUAUUUAAAUACGACUUGGUUUCUAAGUAAGGAAUAAGAAUAAAAUUUCAGCUAUUUUUUCUAUUCAUAAAUCCACACUUUGUAAGUGAUAUUUAAAAUAAGAUUACAGUACCAGAGAGCAUUUCAGAGAAAUUGACUUUUAUGCACUACAAGCUAGAAGUUCCUCUGGCCUUUCAGCUUUCAGUUUCCUUUGUGUUUUAAGAUUACUUUUACAAGCAGAUAUGUACCCCAGAACUAAAAGAAUUCACUGAGGAAAAUGUUGUUGAUCUGAUUAACUGUCAUAAGACAUUUUUGGCAUAAAUUUGUCUUUGAGAUGCUGUUUACUUUAUCAAGGUUUACAUGUACAAAUGCAACUACUUACUGUAUCAUACACAUUUGAAUAUUGCAUUUUUUCAGUAAUAAACUUGGAUAUCUUUGAAA